AUGGAAAAACGAAACCAUGUGAACAACAAUAGGCAAUCUCUACUUUCCUUUCGACCAGACCCUAAGAUAUUGACCCCAGGAAGCUCACCUACUCCACCAGAAGAUCAAGAAGUUAGAAUUGGUGAACAUGCCAUUACAAAUGAGGAAGGUGAAAGUAUGAGCAGUAAAGAAAUAGAUGACGAAGAAAACCUCCUUUACAAUUACGAGUGCCAAAUUUCAUCAUUAAGCUACCCAAAUGCAUCAGAUCCGGCUACCCAAUAUUUCAAUAAAAGUAACCCAGAACUUUGUGCCAAAACCAUGGAAUCAUUUCCCGUGGAUGUCAGUUCCUCUUCACCUUCCGUAAAACAAGAUACCAAUUCAAAAGAAUUCAAGGAACCCUUAUUCUCAACACCUUUUGGUGCAAUGACAAACACUUGUGAAGCUCUAGCCUUACAGCAAUCUGUGAUAGGAGAUUAUUGUGUGAAACCAGUAUCGGCUGAAAUUGUGGCAAAGAUUGUAGCUUCCACAAAAGAACGACUUAACAAUGCUUUUUCCAAUUCUUCAAGUCCGAAUAGUGGGCCAAUUACUGUAGAAGUGUCUUCCAAAAUGGCUGCAGAUAAUAUUAAAAAUGGAAAAGAGGUGUCCAUGAAAGGAAAAAAUCAAAGAAAAGUGCCUGGUGGUGUAAUUUUCAACGAACUAAUACGCUAUCCUUCAGAAACUAUCAAAACAAUUUUUGAAAAAAAGUCUGGACUCUUCAAUUCCAGUUCCUCUUCUGUUGGAGAAAAUCCCUCUUCAUCUUCUCUUUCAAGUACCCCAAAGAAAAACCUUACCAAGGGUGAUAACACAUCAUUUUCAAGAAGCAGAAAUAACAGCCAGAGCAGUAUUGGGAGUAUUGAUUCUCGUAUAAUUGAAAUGGCUGGCACACAUAUAGGAAAGAAACAUGUAUCUGAAGAAGUGUUUGAUAAGCUUGAAAAAGAAAGAAUGGAUUCUUCUGAAUCUACAGUCUUCUUUGUAGAGCAGCCUUGUACAGAAACUGACAGAAAGAAGUUAGAUUCUGUUAUAUCUGACAAAGUAGACAUAGAUUAUUUAUAUGCAGAAUCAGUUGAAACAGAAUCCAAUUUGUCAGGUAUCACAGGGAUCGAAGAUGAGAUGUUUUGUAUUAAAAAACUACUGAUAGAUGUUCCCUCCUCCCACUCAAGAUUCCCUGUAGGACCUUACAGCACGGAGUCUUCGUUUCCCAUCAGAAAAAUUCCAAUAGAGCAACAGACAGUUGCAGUUGAAACACAACCUCCUGAAUUACAGGAUCAAGCAACUGAAACAGACAGCUUAGAGUAUUUUGGAAUUUUAUGUGAAAAUGCUACUCUCCAAGGCCAAGUAGAUACUUUAAGAAAUGAAAUAGACUGUGUCAUGAAAGAAAAAGUGCAGCUUCAAGGAUUGAUUGCCUCUCUAGAAAGCAGGAUAAAAUUAGAACUUGAAGACAAAAAAGUUGGAAACAAAGAAAAGCAAGAAAUAUUGACAGAAUUUGAAAAAAUAAGCAGGGAACAUAGAGGUUGGAGUAAUGUUAUAGCAGAGUAUCAAAGCGUUAUUGAUUCUAAGGUAGCUGAAAUAAAGGGCUUGAAAGAAGAUCUUUCAGAGUCUGAACUGGAAAGAACAAAAGUGAAAGUUAACUUGGAGGAGACUAAGGUUGACUUGGAAUCAAAAGAUGGUGCUAUUGAUGGUCUGAAAAAGAAAAUAGCUGAAUUACACGUUGAAGUGUUGACUUUGCUGCAGGGUAAGGUUCAACUUGAAAAUGAAGUGAAAGGGGUAAAAGGUGAAAUGGAAACCUUGAGAAAGUCAAAGGAAUGGUACCAACAACAAUUAAACUCAGUGCAAGAAAACAGAAAUACUACUCACCAAGAGCUUAUUAAAGUCCAAGCUGAGGUGGUUUCUUCCAACAACUUACUGGAACACAAAAAGGUAGAAAACAGACAUUUGAAGCAGCAGCUAAUAGAGACACAGCAGAAAGCUGUGCGGGAAAAAGAAAUCUUGAUGAAGCACCUUGAGAACAUUGAAAUGGAUAUGGUGGAAAGAGAAUCGCUCUUUCAAGAGAUACAGAAGGACAGGGGAGCAGCUGAAGAAAGCCUGACAGAAAGAAUGAAAAAACUAGAAGAGGAGCAGUCUAAUAUGAACAACCUUAAUUUUACUGUUAAUGAAUUGGAGCAUCAGCUUGCCGUAGCUAAGCAUAAUUUGUCCUCUAAAGAUGAAAUCAUUCAUAAGUUUGAGAAAGAUCAAGCAGAACUAGUACAACAAGUGGUAUUUUACCAAAAGACCAUAAGUGAGAAAGACCUUUCUUACCAGUGGCUGGAACAGCAGCUAAGAGAUUCAAAACAGAAACUGACACACACAGAACUGGAGUUGUCUACACGGGAAGAACAGAUUAUGAUGCUAAAAGAAGAGAAAACAGCAAUUGAAAUAGCUCUGGCAGCUGCUAAUGAGGAAAAAAGGACAGUUAAUGAGACACUUUUGGGAUUGAAAGAAAACUUGAAUCGUGUGGAAGGGACUUUUAGACAAAUGAGAACAGAAUUUGUGGCCAAGUCUGCUCUUGUUGAACAGUUGCAAAAAGAAAAAAAUCAUGCGGAAGAUGUCCUUCAGAAGACCGAAGAAAAAUAUCUUCAACAAAAGCAAGAGUUUGAAUUGAAGUUUACAUCUGAAGCUCAGAAUGUAGCUGUCAUUUUGCAAGAUGUGCAGAGCCAAAAAAAUGAACUAGAAACUGUUCUGGAAGCUACUAAGAAAGAAUUGCUUAUGGACCAGAAAUAUUAUUCUGUUCUGAUACAAGAGAAAGAUGAGUUUCAAAGACAGUUGGAAGAAAUGACCAAGUCAUUACGUUCCAGUGAAGAAAAAGUUAAAUCCCUCUCAGAACAGAAUUCUCAACUGACUGUAUUGUUAACAGACCUACGAGAAAAACAGGGUGAAUUAAAUAAUCUUUCACAGGCUGCCGAAGAAAAAUAUCAGAUGACUGGUACAACUACAGAUGAUGUUUCAGGUAGGCUUGAAGAAACAUACAAGUUGAAGUUGCAUCAGCUAGAAGAAACUCUUGAAACAAGAGAGGAUGAGUUUAGAAAGAAACAGAAAAUGUACGAGUCUAACAUAAAGGUAUUGACGAGAAAGUUAAAAGAAUCGAUGAAAGCCAAGAAGAAAGCUGAACAAGAUCUUCAAAAAGCCAGACUAGAUGAAGAGAAAGAUGUUUCUCAGAUUCAUACUAUUGAUGCUGGACAACAAACACAUGAGGAUGGCGUUAACAAACGACAAGAAAUUACUGAACAUGUUGUGCAUGAGCAGCUAAUAGCUGAAAAAAAUAUCGAUGAUUACAGGAAAAAACAAGUUGAUUUAGAAGAAGAACUAACAAUUAUAAAGAAAAAAUCAGAUGAGUGGAAACUUUGUGCCAAUAAAAGACAGGAACUUAUCCUGGAACUGGAAAAAGAAAAAGGACAGUUAAGAGAGAGCUUAGCUACAAUUAAACAGCACAUGACAGGAAUGGAAGCGCAGCUGAUGGAAAAACAAACUGGAUUGUCAGAGCUUAGCCAUCAGAUGAAGCUGUUAGAGGAACACCAGAAGGAAGAAGCUGUUAACUUUCAAAAGAAGUUAGCAUCUUUGGAACAGGAGCUGAACAAAGAGAAGACUAUUACUAAAGAACUCAGACGUCAG